CCAAAUCUCUGUACAGUAAUUAACUACUAGUAUGUAACUUUCAACUCUCAUUAAUUAAACUAAGUACUAAAAAGCUUGAUAGAGAUAUGAUACUCUCUUAAUCCCCGUGAUCUCUCACUUUCUAGGAGCGUACUACUCUAAUUUUUACUUCUUAGUUCUAUAAAGCCAGCCAGGAUACAACCAAAACAUCCAUAUCCAUUUAAACUUGCUUACUUCAUCCAUCUUUCUCUAUUUAAACUCACAUUCUUCUCCAUCAAACCACACAUCACCUUAAACCCUUUCUCAUGCUUAGACCACUUCUCCAAAACCAACAAAAAUGGGCUCCAGAGUUAUUCUUAAUCUUGUAUUAUGUUUUCUUGUUGUUUUAAGCUGUUCAUGCAAUUCAUGUUAUGGUAGUGCAAGAAAACUCACUGCUCUUUACAAACCACCACCAAUGGUACUCAAAUACCAUAAUGGCAAACUUCUUGAAGGAAACCUCCCUGUAUCAAUUCUAUGGUAUGGUAAAUUUACAUCCACUCAAAAAUCCAUUGUUUCUGAUUUCUUUCUCUCUUUAAACCCAACAUCAAGAAAUCACCUCCAACAUUCAUCAAAGACAACAACAAAUCCUUAUGUUUCUCAUUGGUGGGAAACUGUUCAAACCUACAUGAAAAAUGCACAAAAGAAACAAACCCACAUCAUAUUAUCCAAGCAAACCACAGAUGAGAAGUACUCACUAGGAAAAUCCCUCACAAGAUCACAAAUCUCCGAGUUGAGUCAGAGAGUUAACUCAAAACCAGGCACAAUCACACUCGUUUUGACUGAUAAAGAUGUUACAGUUGAAGGAUUCUGCAUGAGUUCUUGUGGAUUUCACGGUUCUAACAAAAUGAAAAACUCAGCUUUCAUUUGGGUUGGUAACUCGGUGACUCAGUGUGCUGGUCAAUGUGCAUGGCCGUUUCAUCAACCGAUUUAUCGUCCACAAGAUAAACCACUAGUUGCACCAAAUGGCGACGUUGGUGUUGAUGGCAUGAUUAUGAAUAUUGCUAGUUUAUUGUCAGGAACCGUAACAAAUCCUUUUGGUAACGGUUAUUUUCAAGGUACGGCUAACGCGCCACUCGAGGUUUCAUCAGCGUGUCCUGGAGUUUAUGGGAAAGGGGCGUAUCCUGGGUACGCCGGGAAUCUUUUGAGGGAUACGGAUACCGGCGGAAGCUAUAAUGCCCAUGGUGUUAACGGUCGGAAGUAUUUGUUACCUGCUCUGUUUAAUCCUACAACUUCCGAGUGUUCUACUUUGGUGUGAGAUAAUAUAGCAAGUAGUAUGUAAUAGGGAUUCUAAUAGCCAUUGAUAUGUGACACGUGUAUGCGUGAUGUAGUUUUAUUAGCUACAUGUUUAUACAGAUAAAUGAAAUUCUUAUAAUCAUCUUGCUUUUUACUGUUUAA